UUAAUCAAAGAAAUUCAAAAUGGCGCCGACUCCCCCCGCCGCCAUCUUGAGGCGCGGCGAUGCCGUAACACAAGAUGGCGGCACCCAGAGGACGCCUCCCGCUGCUGUUUCGAGCCGCGUUUCAAACCGAACCGGGACCAAACCGAGCGCGACGGCUUCGCCGGCACCGAUUUCACCCCCGAGACCGAUUUGAGCUCCCGAGAAACGAGCGGGAGGCGGAGAUACAAAGGGCAAAGGGAGCCGCCAUGUUGUACGGCAAGUGGAAGAUGGCGGCUCUUCCUCUUCCGCGGGCGCCGCCAUGUUGUACGGCAGGAGGAGUCUGAGGCGAACUUCCGGUUCCGGUGGGGGAGCGGCCCCUCAGCGGUGGCGGAGCGGGGGCUCCCCCCAUCCCAAACACCCCAAAAAUUCCUUAAAAAUUCCCAAAAAAAUGGAUUGAGGCCCCUCCCCCCCCUUGGAUGGACCCCUGGAAUUUGGGGGGAUCCCAAAAUGGGGGAUUCGGAAAAUCCCGGGAAUCCCCCCAAGGAGGAGGAGGAGGAGGAGGAGGAGGAAGAGGAGGAGGAAGAGCUGGACCCCCGGAUCCAGGAGGAGCUGGAGCACCUGAACGAGGCCAACGCUGAAAUCAACCGGGGGGAGCUGGAGCUGGAUGCCGCCCGUUCCCGCUAUCGCCGCAUCCUCUCGGACUCGGCGCGGAAGCUGAACUCGCAGGGCUCCCAGCUGGGCACCUGCAUCGACCGCGCCCGGCCCUACUACGAGGCCCGCAGGAGAGCCAAGGAGGUACUGGGUUUGGGGUAAAAUCUGGGGAAAACGGGA